AUGGGCAAUCAAGACGAAGAGCAACGGCUCGGGGUGUUACAUCUGGACAAAACUAGUAACCGCAAAAGAAACCCAAAAAGGACGAAGAGAACGAAUUUCACCAGAAGUGCUCUAACUGAAGAGGAUAAACGUGCGCUGAGGUAUGCUCAAGUUGAGCCAUUGUACCAGAUGUGGUGUGAGUAUUACCGCAGUUUGUUAGGAGAAAGAGAGAAAACGCCAGAUGAGCGUAUGUUGAAGGCCGACUACCUACGGUGCUCCUAG